AAAUAAAAAUAAAAGAAAAUUGUCUAUAUUAAGUUAAGGGCAAUAAAAUAAAAUAAAUUUGUCUAUAUUAAGUUAAGGGCUCUGAAUUCUCAUUUCAGCUUCAGAGGAGAGAGAGAGAGAGAGAGAGAUGAGCAACACCAAAACUGCAGCCAGGCCGGAAUCAUAUCCGAUGACUAGUGGUGAUGGCACUUACAGCUACUCCAAUAACUCCAUUUAUCAAAGAGAAGGUUCAGAUUCUACGAAGGAAUUGAUCAAUGAAGCAAUAUCAGAGAAGCUUGACAUAAAAAGCCUCACUUCUACUUCAAGCACAUUGCGCGUAGCAGAUUUGGGAUGUUCAGUCGGGCCAAAUACCUUCUUUGCUAUGCAAAACGUACUGCAAGCCAUGGAAAAGAAGUACCAUUCCCAAGGCCUCGCACCUAAAAUGCUCGAAUUCCAAGUGUUCUUCAAUGAUCACGCUUCCAAUGAUUUCAAUACCCUUUUCGCUUCUCUCCCAUUUGAUAGGCAAUACUUUGCUGCAGGAGUGCCAGGUUCUUUCUAUGGCCGGUUAUUCCCCGACUCCUCUCUCCAUUUUUUGUUUUCCUGUUAUGCGCUCCACUGGCUCUCUAAGGUUCCUGAAGAAUUGCUGGACAAAAACUCUCCUGCGUGGAACAAGGGUAACAUUCACUACACAAGGGCCUCUGAAGAAGUUGCCAAGAGCUAUGGAGCUCAAUUUGCAAAAGACAUGGAGAUCUUUCUGAAUGCUAGAGCUAAAGAGACUGUAAUUGGAGGGAUGAUGGUACUUAUCAUGCCAGGUCUCCCGAAUGAUAUCCAUCAUUCUCAGCUCUUAUCAGGUCUCACACUUGAUUUUCUUGGAUCCUGCCUCAUGUAUAUGGUCAAUGAGGGAUUAGUGUGUGAUGAUCAAGUGGAUUCAUUCAACUUGCCAAUGUAUUUUCCCACCCCCAAGGAGAUGGCGCAGCUGGUUGAAAAAGAUGGGCGUUUCAGUAUUCAGAGAAUGGAGUUGAUGGAGCACAGUUCCAAGAUUAAUGCCCCAGUUGAUGGGCAGACAUUGAUACUGCACCUACGAGCUAGCAUGGAAGGGAUUUUCACCAAACACUUUGGACAUGAUAUAGUUGAUAAAAUGUUUGAGCAGGCUUUUAAAAAAACUGCAGAGUUAUCUUGUGUGCUGGAGUCGACAAACACUAUUAAAGCCAAACUAUUUCUUGUUUUGAUGCGUAAAUGAUGUGAGUUGAAGAAAUUAGUCAGUGAAGCACAAGUGAUUCAUUCAACUUGCCUGUAUAUGCUCUAUCCCACAAGGAGAUGGUGUGCUUAUUGAAAGAAUGGUGUUGAUGGAUGCCAGGUCAAAGAUUGAUUCCCCACUUUUUGUUGAAAAUGCACCAAUCAUUUGGAUGGGAGACUGUUGGUGAAAUGUUGGAGCAGACUUUGCCUGUGUCUGCUAUCUUCUCUUUUUUUCCUACUGUAUUUAGAAAAUAUAUGGUUAAAAACUAUACUGUGUUGGAAUAUUUGGUGUUCAAAAUAUAAUUGAGUUGUAAUCUUUGUUUUUGAGUC